GUCUAGUAAACCCACAAUGCAGCAUUUCUUAUGGCUGCGGCCAGUAAAAAUUUAAAAACAAGCCCUUUAAAAAGAUGUAUUGAUUUACAAAGCUAUUUAAUGAAUUAAUAAAUAUAGUUGAUAUUUAAAGGAUUCAUAUAAAAUAUAAUGGCAAAGAAAAUGAGCACAGAAGAUAUUGAAGGAGAGCUUAGGAAAAUGAUUGGGAAUAAACAUCAACAAAGUACUUCUCAAAUGAAGGAAACUCAUGAAAUAGAGGCAGAUUUGAAAAGAAUGUUGAAUAUGCCAUCAGCUGUAGUUGUAACAAAGGAGGAUUUAUUGGACAUAAAGUCUACAAAGCCAAGCAUCAAUAAGCAGGAAAAACAAGCAGCAAAGAAAAAGAAGAAGAAAAAAACUCAUUUAGAUCCUGAUCAUCCUCACCAUCAACAUCGGCAACACCAAGAGGAACCUGGCGGUCCUGUUACUCAAGAAGGAAGCCAACCAGUUGCUAAGAAAAAGAACAAAAAAGCAAAAAAGGAGAAAAAUGCAAAUACUGGGACAGGUGUGACUGAAGAUAGAGAAAAAGAGAAACAAAAUUCUAAUAAGAAAGAAGAGGAUCAGGGAAAUAAUUCACACAAAAAAUUAUACAAUUCUGACUUCCAUAGAGCAAGAUAUUUAGAUGACAAAUUGACUCCUGCUAUUUUAAAUGAGCUUGAAAAAGAAAAGAUUUUUCCACUGAAAAAGAAAUCUGCUAAAUUUGUGAAUGCCAAGUACUUUUGUCGACUGUGUGAAUAUCACUGUGACAAUAUCCCAACAUGUAGACAACAUGCUAAUGAUAAAAGGCAUAGAAGGAAGAAAGAGAUAAUGGUACAAGACAAAAUGUUGAAGAACCUGCCGCACCCAUCAGAAAGGCAUAUAGAAGCUUUAGAUUGUCUGGUAGAGAAUAUUUACAUUAUACAUGGUUUGACAGACAAAGAGUUGAAGUACAGACGGACCCAGGCUGAUCUGAUACAGGACUAUCUCAGGGAGAAAAUACCUGAUUUGAGUUUAUGUCUGUUUGGAUCAUCAGUAACUGGACUAGGAUUAAAGACAGCUGAUGUUAACAUGGACCUUGUCCUGCCACAAGGUGCUAAUCCGGCACUGUGUCUCUCUGAGGUCUAUAGAAUAUUAGAACAGUCAGAAAAGUUUACCAAUGUAAAGAGUGAUUUCCAAGCAAAGGUACCAUCAGUGCUUUUUACCUCCCCUUGUGGUACUCUCUCGUGCCAGAUUACUGUUGGUAAUCAGUUAGCAUGUCGGGAAAAGUCAAAAUCUUCCCUAUAUUUCCCCCACUUUGAUGUUUAG